UCUUCUAUUGGGAUUUGCUCGUUACGUUAUUUCCCGCCACGAGCAGUGUUGCCACACGCGAUCAACUUGAACGAGAAGGGCCACUUUCGGUGAAGUAAUGGUGGAGUUAAGGAUGUAAAAAUGGCGUUUUGUGAAUUUUAGCACAUGUUACAUUAAUUUCGGUUCUUCGCGUGCACUUUAAAGAAAUUUCGGUUAGUAAUACUUUUGGAGAAAUGGUUUGGCUUUACAGUGAUGUUGAACUAGAAUACGGCCAACCAAAACCCAGAAGGAUGAACAUAAAGUCACUACAAGAGGGCAUACCGCCCAUCGUCGAACGUGCUAUCGAGGCGUCGAUUAAAGAUACAAUAGGCGAAGGACCAAAAAGGCAGUCGAUCAUAAAGUUGACUCCCUCGAAAACUGUCGCGUCCGUAUUUACCGACGUCGGCUACGACUUUCACUACUCGCCCGACAAAUUCGAAUUGAUCAUUCAAAACCACAAAACGGGAGAUACCAUCAUUUUAAAUCAAUACAAGGAUAAAACGUUAGGUGAAAUUGGUGUGGUAUUCGAGGAAGGCGUCCGAAACUGUUUGAUCAUCAGCGCGUUAAAGAACCAGAAAAAUAUGACUUUGGUCGUAAACGAUGCGACGGACGACGACUUGUUGCUCGGCGCGUCCGCCAGUCCGACGACCGGAGAGUUACCGAGCAGCUCCACCGAACAUCCGCCUGCGCUUAUGAGUAUCGACUAUCCAGAUUACAAUCCGUACAUCCUUAAUUUUCGAUCGGCUCGGGAGUCGUUCAAUUAUGUCGGCCUCGUCAAUCAAGCCAUGACUUGCUACCUUAACAGUUUACUGCAAGCUUUGUACAUGACGCCCGAAUUUCGCAACGCGCUGUACAAGUGGGAGUUCGAUGGGCAUGUCGAAGCUAAAUCUAUACCCUUUCAACUGCAGCGGUUAUUUUUAAAUUUACAGACGUCUACGAAAUCUGCAGUGGAAACUACGGAACUGACGAAAAGUUUCGGAUGGGAUUUAAGCGAGGCGUGGCAACAGCAUGACAUUCAGGAACUGUGCCGAGUGAUGUUCGACGCUCUCGAGCAGAAAUUCAAGGAUACCGAACAGGCCAAUCUCAUUAAUGAUCUUUACGAAGGGAAAAUGUUGGAUUACGUCAAGUGUCUAGAGUGCAGUACCGAAAAAUCGAGGGAGGACACGUUCCUGGAUAUCCCCCUUCCGGUCAGGCCUUUUGGUAGUAACGUGGCCUAUAACAGUGUGGAAGAGGCGUUAAGGGCCUUCGUCCAACCUGAAACGUUAGAUGGCAAUAAUCAGUAUCAUUGUGAGAAGUGUAAUAAAAAGUGUGAUGCGCAUAAAGGGCUUAAAUUUAUUAAAUUCCCGUAUUUGCUCACACUCCACUUGAAACGGUUUGAUUUCGACUAUUCGUCCAUGCAUCGAAUUAAACUGAACGACAAAGUGGUAUUCCCGGAAAUUCUUAAUUUGAAUUCUUUCGUUCCGACGGCUGACUAUGUAAUCGAGCACGAGACGAUCGAGGAGACCAUCGUUAAAUGUGAUGAUUGCAGCACGACGGAUUCGGGUUCCGCUUUGGACGAUGAGAGCUGCCAGUAUAACGAAGUGUCUUCUACCGUCAACGGACUGGAUGAUAACUGCCAGGAUGAUGAUGAAGGUAUCGACAUGAGCUCUGGUAAUCACCACGAGAAUGAGAAGAAUAGAAGAGAAGAAGCCAAAGGCCCCUACAUGUACGAGUUAUUUAGUAUCAUGAUACACUCGGGUAGCGCGACCGGCGGUCAUUAUUACGCCUACAUCAAAGACUUUCAAAAGAACCAAUGGCUUUGUUUCAAUGACCAAACAGUGAGUAGAAUUACGGAGGACGAUAUACAUAAGACAUACGGCGGUGGCCCGACGCGCGGUUACUACUCUAGUGUUUACAGUUCUAGUACGAAUGCGUAUAUGUUGAUGUACAGGCAGAUCGAUAAGCAGCGAAAUUGCCACGUGAUGGCGGUCGACGAGUUUCCUUUGCACAUUAAAAAUCUACUUCAGCAAAUGAGAGAGAAGGAGGAGAACGAUCGUGCCACGAGGGAGCGGGAGAGUGAUAUGUUUAAAUUAAAAGUGUAUUGUUACCAUCCAACGCAGCACAUGUUGCUCGAUACGAAGCUGUUCGUUUUUAAUGAAAGUUACCUGUCCGAAGCAGUCGCGGAUGCUCAUCAUCGUUUCAAACUAGAAGGAGUGGCCGUGGAGGAUUGUCGUUUGGUUAUAUACAAUAAACAUCAAGAGUAUAUUGAUUGCAGUUUUGAAGGUGAAAACCUAAAGUUCUGUGAUAUUACCUAUAAUGUUAGUAUUUAUCAUGUUGACUGGUUACUUGAAAUUAAACAACCCGGAACUGAAUUUCAAGUGUUCAAGUCUGGUGGAGUUAAUAUGAAGGUUUGCCUUAUUAAUAUAGAAACUGAGGAGGUGGAAGGCCCCGUGAAUUUUCACGUUAAUCCAGGCGAAACUGUUUUAGAAGUCAAACAUCGAUUAGCAAAAAUGUUUAAUAUGGACAUAGACACAAUUAAGUUGGUUCAAGAAAUGUACUGCAACGAACCUCACUACCUAGAAGACGAUAAUGCAAUGAUGAGGUUCGAUCCGAGUUGUAACGAUUAUAAGUUAUAUGUGUCGAAUGCUUUAGAUGAAGAUCUGGAUAAACCGUUUGUAAUCUCGAAAUUAAAUAAAAUCAUCGAUCGUUACGUCCAUAUCGUCACCAUUUAUGUCACGUAUCCGGAUACUGAGACAGUUUCGUUGGAGUCUUUGUCCAUACCGCCGUUGGAUUUAAAUCAAAAUUUAGACAAAAAUGAAUUUAGUUCAACGUAUCGAUUACGAACGUCACCGCAACCCGUGUGUGAGGCGUUUGGCGAUCAUAGUAAUAGUGAGGAUAGUAGUUUGAGUGAUAGCGAUCGUACGCUUGUGGGAGAUGCGCCGGGAGAAUGUUUGGCGUUGCUUUCCAGUCACUCAAAUUCGCCCGUAGAUCAACACAUGGCGUCCCCAUCGGAUCCGGCCGAGGAUACUUACAACCAUGAAGUAUUUAGACUUUCCUCAGAAGAAAUGAAUUGGGCAGAGGUGCAGGAUAGCUCGCGACCUUCCCGAGUCCCAAACUAUUUCUUCAAAGGUACCAUAUUGCCUACCCUGAAUUCGGAUUCGUUUUCCGACAUGGAGCAGACUCGACUGUGUAGAGUACAAGUUGAUAAAAGAAUGAAUUUGGCCAAACUGAAGAAGCAUUUAGAACCGUUUGUCGGUGUGUCCAUGGAGUACUUUAAAGUGUACAGACAAUAUCCUCACGACAUCGAAUGGUCCCGUCUGACAGACUCGUUGGGUCGCGUUAAGGACGGCGAUAAGAUAGCUAUUAAAUUAGGGCGCGUUUUAAGGAAAGACGAACACUUGGGUAAAAUUUUUCAUUUAACACCCGAAAAUAGCGAAUCUUUUACGUUUCUGUUCGAAUGGGUCAUCGCGAAAGGGCAAACCGUAGGCCAGGUGAAGAAAGAGAUUUUAUUUGCGGCCAAGAAACAGCACAUGCUCGACAUCGCGUUCAAUAAAAGCCGAUUGCGCGUGAAGAAUUGGAAGAAUCCGUGUAAGGUGUAUCUUGAUGAUCAGAAAUUCGGAGACGAUAUAAACUUAACCAGCAAUUUUGAGAUAUUCCUACAAGAUUUAGGCGAGGGUGAGACCGUUACUAAUAGCAACCAAAUAUGUCUUUUCGUGAAAAGGUGGUGUCCCUCGACACUAAUGUUAACGCCUUUUCACGAGGUUGUUUUGGACGUGCCAACGUUAGACGAAUUGAAAAACACCCUCUCUAAAGAAUUCGAUAUACCCAAGAGAUACGUCGAAGUUGCCAAUUUGAAGGGAUCUUUUCCUUGUGAUAUUAAUGUUCUCGAUAUCCAUAAUGAUGCAGGAUGGAUUUUGAAUAAUAGCGAUUCCGAAGAUUGGGCGGCGUAUAGUAUGUAUCAAGAUGGGAGUGUAUUUCUAUAUAAGGAUAGUAGAGAGCCGUUAAAAGAAUUAACACCCGAAGAAAGAAAGGAAAUACACCAAAGAGAAAAUAUUAGGUUAGGAAAAUUUUCUACGAAAACACAUUCACCCAGAAGAGAACGUGCAUUAAAAAUAUACCUAGACACGCCACCUGGUAAAUCCGACGAGGGAUUCGGAGACUGACAUGGACAAGUGAAGAGUUGGUAUCAGUCGUGGAUCUACUGCACCAUCAGUUAAUACCAUUUAUCAACGGGCGGCGGUAUCUACCAUCGACUGAAUUUCUAUUUGUUUUUUUUUAUUGUUACGGUUACCUAAUCUAACAUACGCAGAAGUGGAUGUUGCUAAAAAUGUUGUCACUCGGUUUAAGCCAUUAUGAUUUAACUAUUUAUUUCAUCAUUUAGCGUCUCGCGAUAUUCCACAAUAUUCGGAUCCGUUCACUUCCUACUAUGGCAUAUUGUGGAAUAUCAAAAAGCGUGUUUUACCUUCAUAUUCAAUGUUCAUUUUUAAGUUACUUUGAUAGUUUCGGCCGAAAUUUUAAUGUUUGGUCUAAAUAUGUGCUUAUUAUCGUUUUUUUUUGUUAAGAAUUAUUUCAUUUUGUCGUGGUUUGGUCACAUAAAUUUGUAUAGAUAUUUAUUUCUUUGUGACUGGAUAAUAAAACUUUCAUUAUAUUUUAGUGUUUUUCAGAUGUAUUUAAAUGACAUUUUAUGCCAUGUUUAUAAUAAAGCUAUCUAUCACACUCA